UCAACAUUUUAUAGCACAAACCUUGCGAUAUUGCCAGUUGGGAAGUUCCUAGAUGUUCGCUAAGAUUCGUACUUUAAAUUUGCAAUACAUAUAAACAGUGAUCUUCCACAAGCCGAAGGUUAUUAUUUCAACUUUGAAAUUGUGUGCUUUUGGAUACUUUGAGAAUUUAAAUUGCUUUAGAUGCAUUAUAACGUCAACAGAAAAUUUUAAACGAAGAGAUUGAUUCUCUUGAAUUGAAAAGGAAUAGAUGGUUUCUAGACUAUACUUUAUUCUUGUAUCAGUGCAAUGUGUUUUGUUUGUAUGUGAUGAAUUCAAAUGAGAUGUGCCGUUAUCUGCUAAACAGAUGUAUGUGACAUGAAGAAAUCCGAAAUGCAUGCCAUGAUGGACAUAGCGAAAAGAUGUGUUAUGUUUUGUUUCUUUUUCGGACAUUUCAUUUCUGGUGUUAACCAUGAAGGUGAAAACACGAUGUCGUUGCACAGAUUACAUCUUAAUGAUAUUAAUAAUGUAUCGGUUUUAAACAUGCCGGCGUUUCUAAGAAAUGCCACAUCUGGUGAUUCUUCAAAAAUUGAGGGGAACAAUUCCAUACCAUCUAUGGAUUCAGCACCGGGAUCAUUCUGUUCUCCUUAUGAUUCGUGUGUGUCUCGCUGUAACGAGCCACCCCGAGGAUUGCCUUUCACCUGCAACUGCGAUGCAGAUUGUGAUUUUUAUUCUGAUUGUUGCGUGGAUAUGAAAAAAGAAUGUGGGAACGAUACUGUGUCUUUCAGAGAAUUUGAUUCGAAUGACGUAUCUUUAAUACCAAAAGUUACCUGUGAGUUAUUGAUUCCAAAUUAUCCUAUCUUCAUGGUGUCCGAUUGCUCAUCAAAGUGGAGGAAUGCAUCGUUUGAGAAACUUUGCGACACUAAAAUAACCACGGAAUGUAUUUUUUCGAAUUCGGCAACUAGGUCCUCUGAUUUUGAUGAUGCGCAUGUUAACUGUGAAAGCUUUGUUUACCAUCAAUGUGAAGAAGAGUUAAGACUAAAGUGUAACGAAACUGUUGAACCUCAAUGCAGUCCACUUAUUAAAAGGCAUUGCACUAAAGUAACCUCUGCCAAGUGCCAAAGUUGUGCUAAAGAAUUUUGGCCUGUAUUUGACCAAAAUCAGGUAUUGUACAGAAAUUCUUAUUGUGCAAUGUGCAAUUUCGAAGACAAUUAUAUUUUAGCUGAAAGCAAAUCACUGGUAGAAGAAAUGUAUAUUAUUAAGGUCCGGAAACUUAGCUCUUUUGGCCUCGUAAACAAGAUUAGCAGGAAAUGCUUUUUAUCCGUAACUGAUUUUUGCCCAAAUGACGACAAUAAGUUGUUAUCUUCUCUUUGUAAAAAAACUUUAGGCCCUGUACUUUCUACAAGCAGUCAGUCCCAUGGUACCAUUUAUAAAAAUGUCUAUUGUGCUCUUUGUCGUAACGAAUCUUUAAACGACAUGAGAUGUAUGAAGUCGCCUCUUUUCUCUUCAAAAAAUCCAAUCGAUCUCAACAUGAUGACUGGAAUGAUAAAACCACUUGUUAUGGAUUUUGUUACUGGAGUAACUUCUGACAUUCAAGGUCUGAGGUUGGAUGACAUUCCUGCAGCUUUCUCGAUGUUACUGAAUUUCGGUUUGGAUGGCCGAGAAAGAGUGUAUAUUUCCUCCGAAGGAGAUAAAGCCAUGAAAGAACACCAAAAGAGAUGUGGUCCGGGACGUAUUUGGGAUCCAUUCAGUUCAAUAUGUCGGAAACUACACUGCAGUACAGAAUUUGUUUUGGUAGACUAUCAGUGUGUUAGAAAAGACAGUAACAAUGAAAAAAAUGUGACUCAAAACGAAGAAAUCAAUAUACCUGAUGCUAGGGCAGAAUUUGUACAUCUGACACUUGUUGCAGAAAUGGAAUUGUUAGAUUUAUUGACUUUUUACGAGAGAAACAUAUCUGAGAUUUGCGAUUCACUUCGAGAAUCAUUUGCUAACUCUUUCAAUAUUAAAAUUGAUCGCAUAAGAAAUGUGAGUUUCAACAUAUCUUUGGGGAAUUUCAAAAAUCGAAAUGAAACAUUAGAGUUUCUAAAAGUCAUGGAUGAGCUCCAUCCAAUAAAUUUUACCAUAGAUUUUGAUUUAUAUGAAACUGAUAACUUAACAAAGCCGGAACCUUCUGUGGAUAGAAUUGUAUCAAUAAUGGCUUCUGCUCUUUCUGUAAAUGGUUUUGACUUAGGUAUCAAUAACUAUACCAGCAGAGUUUUUGAGAUUCAUCAAACAGUUGAUUUUCUCAAGUCGUGGUGUAAUCCUAAAGAUGGCGGGGAAAUGAAACGAUACUGGAAUUCUGAAUUCAAGUUAAUAUUAAAUGAUAAUGUAACUUCCCCAACUGGAGAGAGAAUUAAAGGAAUUUAUAUCAACAAAACAGGUAAAUUUUAUCCUAAAGGUCAGUUUGUGGCAGAUAUUUUGUAUCAGGGUCAUCAGUUUAAGCAAAAUUUAAUAAAUGUAAGUGGAUUGGCAGUAGUCUGCGACAGAAGAGUUCAUUUGAAUGAAUCCUGCACUCGAGUUAUCCUGGAAAAGGAUGAAUAUUUUAUAACAGAAAAUGGCAGCUUAAUUCUCAAUGAUAGCUUAAGAGAAAAAGUGAUAGACGACUCUGCUUACGAACAGGCAGAGAAUGACAGUAUUGUUGUAUGUCUUUUGUCUCCAGUGAAGAAAAAGAUCGAUGAUAUGUAUUAUUUGCAGAUGGAUAUAGUGCAAGCCUAUGUGAGUUUUGCUCUAUCAUGGAUUUCUGUGUUCGCUAUGAUUGCUGUUUUGGUAACGUAUUCUAUUUUUUCUUCGCUUCGUAAUCUCCCAGGAUGCAAUACAAUGAAUCUAACAUUUUCCUUAUUAGCUAUGCAGAUAACUUUUCUCCUGGGGCAACGCAAUACAGUGACAGGAGAUAUUUGUAAGGGAGUGUCCAUCCUGUUACAUUACGAAAUUCUUUGUUGUUUCAUGUGGAUGAAUAUUAUGGCCUAUGAUUUAUACAAGACAUUCGGAAACAAAACAGUUUUAAAUAACAUACGUAGCAAGGGAAAAUAUUUGCUUAAGUAUAUGCUAUACGCUUAUGGCAUUCCAUUAUUGAUAGUCAUUAUUACUGCUUUAUUGGAUAGGUAUUUAGAAGAUUCUAUCUUUUCACCACAGUACGGUAAGAAUGAUAUAUGUUGGAUCACCAACACGUAUGCUGCUGGAAUGUAUUUUGCCGCACCUCUGGCUGCCAUCAUGUGUGCUAACUUUACUCUCUAUAUCUUAACGAUUUGCUCCAUUAGAAAUGUGAAACAUGUUUUGUACCUAAGCAACCAAAAGAUGAAUCAGAGGGGAAAGAGUGAUGUGCUUCUCUAUUUCCGGAUGGCUCUUGUUAUUGGUCUCACAUGGGCUUUUGCUUUUGCCGCGGCAUACACAAAGCAAGACCGAUUGACAGGGCAGAUUCUAACCUACCUCUUCAUCAUUUCAAACACUUUGCAGGGUGUUUUCAUUUUCGCUGUUUUUGUAUGCAAUCGCAGAGUUCAUGAGCUCUAUCGCGAAGCAAUCCAGAAAUUGUUUGCAAAAGCUUCUGAUGGUCCUGGUGUUCUGAAGACAUUUGGAAAGUUUGGAGGACUUAUGAAUGCUUUGCGCAGAACUGUUUCCACUGAGACCGUCGUGUCCACGGUUUCGAAUUCUAGUGCCUGUUCCAAUCGAUCUGUUAUGUCCACUGUUUCUAAUGCCAGUACAUCUUCCACUCAUUCUGGAUUAGAAACAAUAAAGGAAGUGGAAUGAUACAAAUGAUGGUAAAAUUAUUCUUUAAUCUUAGUUCGGAAGUGGGAUGUUCGCAUAAACCGAUGAGCUUGAAAUAAAUUUAAUUUUUGUAAUAUUAUGUAAUAAUAAUAAUAUAUAAUUUUAUGUGAGAAAAUAUUUUAAUGAUUCCAAUGAAUUCUUACUUUGAAUUUUUAUUGGAGUUAUCAUAUAUAUUGUAUUGGAGUUAUUACAUGUAUUGACAUUGUGAAUUUCAUCACUGCAUCAUUUAAAAUAUGAGAUGAUAUGUUGAUAGGCAUAUAUGUAUGAGAACCGUUUAUUACCUUAACUUAAAUGAAAUAUUUAUGCGUAGAAAAGAAAUCCCUCAUUAUUUCAUUUUAAUCACAUAAAUUCAUGUAUAUUGUCAUCAUUAUUUUUACGUACUUUAUAUAUAAUCAAUGUGAAUUGAUUGAUGUAAAUAAUUAUGAGUAAUUUGUUUUCAUCACUAUUAACCGUUCUGUGAAAAAAAUGUUUUUUUAGUUGAUUCUUUUUUUUUAAAUCUAUAGUAUUUAAAUAAAAAAUAAUUUCCUAUGUUUCCUACUGAAAUGUUGAUUCUUUAACUUUUAUAUUUUAAUGUCAUUUAUGUAAAUAUUUUCAAAUGAAGAAGUACAAAUAUUAUUAUGCAUGUGUAUUCAUA